GCCGCGGGCUGAAGUCUCACGCCUACAUCCACAGCGUCCAGUUCAGCCACCACGUUUUCCUCAACCUCCACACCCUCAAGUUUUACUGCCUCCCCGAUAACUACGAGAUCAUCGACUCCUCGCUGGAGGACAUCACGUACGUGCUGAAGCCCACCUUCACUGCGCAGCAGAUCACCAACCUGGACAAGCAGGCCAAGCUCUCGCGUGCCUACGACGGCACCACGUACCUGCCCGGCAUCGUGGGGCUCAACAACAUCAAAGCCAAUGACUACGCCAAUGCCGUCCUCCAGGCUUUAUCCAACGUCCCGCCGUUGAGGAAUUAUUUUUUGGAGGAGGAGAACUACAAGAGCAUCCAGCGCCCGCCCGGGGACAUCAUGUUCCUGCUGGUGCAGCGUUUCGGGGAGCUGAUGCGGAAGCUGUGGAACCCUCGGAACUUCAAAGCGCAUGUCUCGCCCCACGAGAUGCUGCAGGCCGUGGUGCUCUGCAGCAAGAAGAACUUCCAGAUCACCAAGCAAGGGGACGGGGUGGACUUCCUCUCCUGGUUCCUGAACGCACUGCACUCAGCCCUGGGUGGCACAAAGAAGAAGAAGAAGACCAUCGUCACUGACGUCUUCCAGGGCUCCAUGCGCAUCUUCACCAAGAAACUGCCUCACCCAGAUCUGCCGGCCGAGGAGAAGGCGCAGCUGCUGCAGAACUCCGAGUACCAGGAGAUGAUGGUGGAAUCCACCUUCAUGUACCUGACGUUGGAUCUUCCCACCGCCCCGCUCUACAAGGACGAGAAGGAGCAGCUUAUCAUCCCCCAGGUCCCUCUCUUCAGCAUCUUGGCUAAAUUUAACGGUGCCACCGAGAAGGAGUACAAGACGUACAAGGAGAACUUUCUCAAGCGCUUCCAGCUCACCAAGCUACCUCCCUACCUCAUCUUCUGCAUCAAGCGCUUCACCAAAAACAACUUCUUCGUGGAGAAGAACCCCACCAUUGUCAACUUCCCCAUCACGAACGUGGACCUGCGGGAGUACCUGUCGGAGGAGGUGCAGGCGGCGCACACCAACACCACCUACGACCUCAUCGCCAACAUC